CUGUCAAAUAUCUGUCAAAGAAAAUUCAAUAUUUUAUCGGCUUCGUUUCAUAAAAAUGUUUUUUCAGUAAAUAUGUAUUAAUAACAUUAAUUAGUCAACUUUGUAGGAUAUAACAUUCCACGUGUAAUUCCAAAGACAUCUAAUUAAAAUGACGCACGCAACUCAAUGUUUCUCCAUUAAUAUAAUUACCGCGAUAGUUUUUCUUUUUAUCAGUAGAUAUUCAGCCAGUGCUUGUAAUUUCAGUGUUAAAAUAGAGCAGGGUCUCCGCAAUGAGGGGUUCCACAGGAACAUGACCUACACAAUAAUAUUUGACAACAGUGAAGAUUAUGAAGGAUUGCAUAGAGAGUGCAUCCUUGCUCUGGAACAAACUCUGCCUUCCGGAAUCUACGCUAACCCGGAUGAGUUGGGAGACUUGCGGAGAAUUGAUAGGCUGAAUGCAAUCCCAAAGAAGAGGAUCAAUAUAGAAUUACCUGCUGAGUAUUCGGAGCCCAGUGGGGUUUUCAUAAUCAGUAAAGUGACUACGGACAAGGUUGAAGUGUGGGUUCCUGUGCAUGCUAGGUAUCAUAUGGCUGCAGUUAAUGGAGGCACCUUUCGGAACGACAUUGCACCGCCAAAGUUAUACCUACGGUGUCCAGAUCAGAGGCUGGAAGCGUGCAACAUGCCCGUCUCGCCAUCAGCGAUGUAUCUCUGUAACGGACACUCUGUAGCCAAGUGUAACUGGAAAGAGAUACCAUUUACUAUGAUGACGGAUACAUUAAUAUGGUUGGUGCCGGUCGGUAACCUAAACCACUUCCAUCUGGUUGCAAUAAGCACCACGGUGGUGGUUGUGGUCGGCUCCCUAUACCUUCUGAAGAGCAUCCACCAGCACAAGGUGGCAAUCAGGCGCAGAAGGCUGUGAUAAAUGUGGUACAGGGAUUGUUUGCUUUGGUCCCUGUAAUUAUAAUUGUUUCAAUUUAAGCAUUGGUUCGCGAGAUUUACAAAGGUUUUUACUUUGCUUGUACCUGUCUGUGUUAAUGUCCCGUGAUUUAUAUCAGAGUGGUCUGAGUCCUGAGUUUGAAUCUAUGGUCGGGCAAAGUGAUAUGUGGGAUUUUCUGCUCAGUAUCAGCCUGGAGUCUAGAAUUUGUGCCCGAUAUUGUGAUUGGCUCGCCCCCUAUUGCAUCGUGGGACGGAAAACACUUGGCGAAAAGUGGAUGUCCUGGUUGCACCUCUGCAUACCCCUUUGGGGAUAAAUGCGUGAUGAUGUGUGUGUGAUUUAUAUCAGAAAAAGACUCAUUAAAAUUUCACAGAAUAGUAGGAUUUUCGCCAUAAUUAUGUAAUAACUUAUACAUACCAGAUAUUUGGGUAAGAUAGAAAAUAUAUCCUCUAUGCUCUUACAAGAACUUGUUACAAAGACAGCUUACAAUGUAAAUUUCGUGAACCAAUUCGUCAACAAUAUUGUAGAUGGUUUGAAAUAACCUCCUUUAAUAUACGAAAAUGACUGUUUAUUCAAUUAAUGAGGAAAAAUGAUAGAAUUAGGAUUAAAAUUUCCAAGUACGACUAUGCGUUAUCGAUACUGUAUCGAGUAUCGUAGUGCUGAAAAUCGCCGAAAUUAAAUGUCCUAUUUUACUUUGCGAAAUAUCAAUUUUUUAUGUAUCGACAUAAACAUCGACUGUGGCCGUGCAUAGUUUGCCAAGUAUCGAUUAUCGAUCAUCGAGUAAUUAGUGUCGAUAUUUAUUUAAGUCAACUUAUUCUUAAACAUCAAAGGCGAAAGUAUCAAAUAAUUUUUGGUAUCGACUUAUGAUUUAAUUUUCAAACCGAAAUUGAAUAAUACCUUGUGGGUUAUGACUGAAUUCUUGACUUUGAAAUGGCAAUUAUUACUUGUAGGUUAAAAUCGCCGAUGCUAAUUUGGCGAAGUGAGAGCCGAUUGUUUUUUUAAGAUCAGCCUUAUGAUCAAUCUUAAUUAUAAGGGAUAGCAUUGGAUUUACAGCCUGUGUCACAACUUCUGAGUAGUGUUACUCGUCACAUAAAUGUAUUAUCCGACCAAAUACAAAAGCCACUCUUUAAUCUAUGCUCCCAAAUGUAUGAUAAUAAAUUAAGUGCUAUUUACAUUAGCUGAUGAAAUCGAUAACUAUCAAAUAAAAUUUACUUCAUACUUGUGAUACAGGCCCUAAAUUUUUUAUGGGGUUCAAGUGCUAUAGAAUUUUGACAAAUAAUUUGACUAUGAUUUAAUUUAUGGAAUAGGUAAUCAGUGUUAAAGUAAUAUUUACAAAUCAUAUUGCACAUUGCUUCUGCCUUUACCAACGCCAAAGCUACAGCAACAUAGGAAUCAAAGUAACAUAAUAUGCCACCAUUCUCACUCAUUACGACUCUGGUCCACCAGUGAGUACUGAGUGGUACAAUUAAAUAUAACACUGAAAUAAAGGAUAGGGUAUUUCUUUUUAUCUUUUUAUAUAAAAACCAUUUGAAUAUAAACAAAAAAAAAUUAAACGUUGAAAUGUGGUCAAAGGGAAAGCGUCAACUAUGUUAUGAUACACAACCUGCGACGUCACCCCGGAUAAAGUGUAUGCGUAAGAGCGAGAUGGCUACAUAAGUAAUGUUUUUCAGGAUAACUUAAAUAUAUUACACAAAUAGAACUGUGCAAUAUUCUUUACCUAUUUCAAUUGUUUACCAUCUUUGGGCAUACCAAAAUGUACGAGAACAAAUGGACCACCCUUGUUACCUUACUGCAUAUGUCAAUAUUAUUAUUUUUAAGUAACAUUUUUAAAUAAGAAAGCAUUUAAUCACAGCAGGCACAAAUAGAACUACUCAUUUCUUUCUGAACUACACUUUUAUGAUAAGAUAUAAAUCUAGUCAUUACGUUUAAUGUAAAACGAUGUAUAAUAAAGUAUUCACAACA